AAUGAAUUUAUUUAACAAAUGCACUAAUUGAACUGUAUGUAUGUCUGCUAUUUGUUGUGCAAGUGCAAUUUUUCCAAAUAAGAGUCACGAAUCGACGAGAGAAAAGCAUAAAACCCGAUAAUAUAAAGUUGUCCAAAAUUUCGCGACCUGUCAAAUUUCUUAAAAGUUAACACAGUGAUUUUCAUAUUAUUUUGUCGACGUAGACAGUCGUCAUAAAGAUCUAAGUAUUUGUUAUAGUCUGCCUUAACAUCAAGAGGUGUGACACUUUUUCUAAAAGAAUGACUAAGGGUAAAUUUAGAUUUGCUAUUGAUCGUGGUGGAACAUUCACUGACAUAUGGGCUCAAGGCCCUUCUGGCAACAUCACUGUGAUGAAGUUGUUGUCUGAGGACCCACAAAAUUACAGUGAUGCCCCAAGGGAAGGUAUAAGGCGAAUUUUAGAACAAGAAACUGGAAAUAGAUUUGCAUCAGAUGUGCCUAUUGAUGUGUCCAAUAUAGAGUGGAUACGAAUGGGAACAACUGUAGCUACCAAUGCAUUGUUAGAGAGAAAGGGCACUAGAAUGGCUCUAGCUAUAACAAAAGGAUUCAAGGAUUUGCUACACAUUGGGAACCAGGCCAGGCCAAGCAUCUUUGACUUGGAAAUAUCAAGUCCAGAUCAGCUGUAUGAAGAUGUUAUAGAGGUUGAUGAGAGAUUAGUCUUACAACAAGAUCAAUGUGAAAUGCUCAUGAAUCAUUGUCCUGUUGUUGAAGGCAAAACAAAGGAAAAGCUGGAAGUUUGGACAGGUAUUAAUGAGGUCAUGUUAAAGGAAGAUUUGCAGAAAUUGCUUAAUAAAGGAAUCACAAGUCUUGCUGUAGUUCUUAUGCAUUCGUACAUAUAUGAUGUCCAUGAGAAAAAGGUUGGCGCUAUAGCAGAAGAGUUGGGCUUUACACAUGUGUCUCUCUCCUCUGUUGUUAUGCCUAUGGUCAGAAUUGUACCAAGAGGUUAUACAGCUUGUGCCGAUGCCUACCUCACUCCACACAUAAAGAAAUAUGUGAAAGGAUUUUCAUCAGGGUUUAAAGAUGGUCUUCAGAAUAUGAGAGUUUUGUUCAUGCAAUCAGAUGGAGGCCUUACUCCAGUUGACUCGUUUCUUGGGUCUCGAGCCAUUUUAUCUGGUCCAGCAGGAGGAGUGGUAGGUUAUGCUUUAACAACAUAUCAUAAGGAGUCACACAUGCCAGUCAUUGGGUUUGAUAUGGGAGGUACAUCAACAGAUGUAAGCAGAUAUUCUGGACAGUAUGAACAUGUGUUUGAGACAACCACUGCUGGUGUCACCAUACAAGCUCCACAGAACAAUAUAGAACAGAGUUAAGAAGUUCGAUCUGCUAGGCAAUUCUACCGACGUUGGCAGCACAAGGAAGGACAACAUUAAGGAAUUCAUUUAUGAAAUUCUACCGAUGUUUGCAGGGGGAAAACAACAGGCGCUGCGUCGUCUCAAAAAUAAAGCCAUGAAUUAUAAAACAAGAACAUUGAGAUUGGCAGUGACUUUAUAAAGGCAUGGCGGUAUUUUUCAAUCCACAUACGUACAUGUACAAUGCAUGCCCGCUUGCUGUGACGAUCAAAUAUGUUCAUAUGCUAUUAUAAAAAUAUUGUUUUAUCGUCUAUGAACAGUACAUAUACGUGAAAUCGGAAGUAGUUUAAUCUUUGUCAGAACUGUUUUUUAUUUUUAUAAAAUGACAUGAUAUAGAUGAUGUACAAACCAUAAACAAAUAAAACAAAAAGACAAAUAAAAUGAUCAUUUUAUUCUUUGCUGUUUUUAUUUUUUGUCAAUCUUUGUAAUGCUGAUUACAGGUGAAUGAAUUACGGGAGCAGUGCGCUAGGUAAGUUGAACGGCCUCUGUCAACUUGUUAACACCUCUAUAACUCUUGAAUUCCUCCAUAAUGCCUGAAAUAAAAAACAAAAAUCUUAAUUUAUUAAUGAUCAUCACAAGACAAUUUACUUUUGAUUCCAAUAUCAACAUACAUCUACAUAUGACUUUGAUAACAGAAUGAGACCGACAGAUUUUCG